AUGAAGGAGGUCCGGGUUAGUUUCCAUCAAGGCACCAAUGUUGUUCCAACGGCUGACAACAUCUUUGUCGAACUUCAAGACUUUGUGCUUCGAGAAGCCGAAACUCUGACGGAGCUCCAACAAAUAUGUUCUCUCCCCUCCGAUGAACUCAAUGAAACACCUAGUCAAAGCUUGUUAAGAUUUUUCUAUGGCCUCAACUCGCGGUCGGAGCUCUGGGUCACUUAUGACAUGGUAUCAUUUGCUUUGACUUACCACCAAGUACACCCGUGGUUUCUCGACUUUUUAUUUCCCUUUGGUCAACAAAUUAUUCCCCGAGACUUCCGUUUCAGCUCUUUCAGACGUGCCUCCCAUCAGUCAAAAACCCAAGGUGUAUGGGAUGUGCCGCAACUUGGCCGGUCUGGCCAAGGCUAUCACAUAUGCUACAACAUGAAAUCUGUUGAGAAUAAGAGUACCAAUCCGCUUAUGCCAUGGUUACUUGAACAAAUCGUGAUUUAUCAUUCUUAUGAUACAUUGACGGGCCAGGCAUUCUGGAUCAUUUUGAAGGGCAACGACUCCAUGCGAAAUGAUUUAGAGCAAUCUGUGCGUCGGAGAAAGCAAAAAGGAGAGGAUAGCUAUGCUGACUUGAUCGACUCAUUCGAUGCAACAAUUGAAGUCCACCUCGAGGUCUGUGACUGGUCGAGGCGGGGCUGGAGAUGGUAUAUCAACUAUCUCGAGACAAGGCUGGACGAACUCACCGAACAUGGAGUAACGAACGACAUCUUCGCGCACAAGGAUCCACUGCGCUCGUUCCCCUUUGACAUUGGCUCUGAUGGUCACUUAGAAGAUCCCAAGGAUUUGGGGUUCAGCAACUUACAACAAGCUCAGCACGUCGAAGAGGAAGCAAACAAGGCCUUGUUGGCCCUUAAGAGCGAUGUCACUAACAUCAUUGCGUUGAAGACACACUAUCUAUCGCUACGUGAUACCCAGGGGAAUGACUGGUUGCCAGCCAUGAGACUUUUGCGCUUCGAGGCGAAACUUGUUGAGAUAGUAGGCGAGUUAGACAUGCACCAGGCUGCUCUAGAAGCCCUAUUACGCUUGAUCGCAGGUCGCAAAGAAACGAUUUUCGGAAUUCUCGAGUACGAAAAUAUGCUGGCAACUCGGAAGAUCGCAGUGGAAGCCCAGAUCUCGGCGAAAGAGAUGGAGAAGCUUACAAAGGAAACCAAAAAGGAGACAGUGUCUAUGAAAGUCGUCACCUUGGUCACCAUGUUCUUUCUGCCAGCCACAUUCAUUUCGACUCUCAUGAGUACAGACAUUAUUCGCUGGCAGCCAGACGAUGAUGGGUAUUUCCAGAAAUACGUCUCUUGGGGAGCGCUCAGAUUCUUCCUAGCACUCAGCUUACCACUCACAUUCGCAACUUUCCUGACCUGGGGACUUGUAUACGCCUUCAUUCGCUUCAAUGAGCGAAACCAGGAGAUGAAAUUGAAGGCAACGGAGGGUUUUCAAGGGAAUGAGGAAAUCUAA